CUGUCCAACAUCUUCGGGAGCGUGUGCUCAAUAGACCUGAAAAUAGACGCAGAAGGAAGCCGGAAGUUUGCCUUUUUGCGAAAGGACAAAAAAGGAGACAAAUGUCCCAUAUUCUCGGAUGGAGAAGACAUUAACGGAGUGGCCACGAUCAGUUUAAAACCAGGAAAAAAGUUUGAGCAUUACGGGAUUAAGUUAGAAUUAAUUGGGCAGAUAAAUAUCCUAAAUGAUAAGUCAAACUCGUAUGACUUUUUCUCAAUAUCGAAGGAUCUAGAGCCUCCAGGGUUUCUAAUAGAAAGUAAACAAUUCAAAUGGAAAUUUUCCUCAGUCGACAAACAACAUGAAUCAUAUUUCGGAACCAAUGUAGAAUUACGUUACUUUGUCAGAUUAAACAUAAUAAAGGGAUAUUCAGGUAACAUACAAAAGGAGAUAGAUUUUAUCGUACAAAAUCUGUGCAUUCCUCCAGAGAUUAACAGCACUAUUAAAAUGGAGGUAGGAAUUGAAGAUUGCCUUCAUAUCGAAUUCGAAUAUGAUAAGUCCAAAUACCAUUUGAAGGAUGUUGUGGUAGGGAAGGUAUAUUUUUUACUUGUUAGGAUUAAAAUAAAGCAUAUGGAGUUAGAUAUUAUAAAAAUGGAGACAUCUGGGGUUGGUAAGAAUUAUACCACAGAAACGGUGACUUUGUCUAAGUUUGAGAUUAUGGAUGGAUCUCCCAUAAAGUCGGAAUGCAUUCCUGUGAGACUGUACUUGAGUGGAUUCGACUUAACCCCCACUUAUAAAAACAUUCAGAAUAAGUUUUCCGUUAAGUACUACAUCAACUUGAUAAUUGUGGAUGAGGACGAGCGGCGUUACUUUAAGAAGCAGGAAAUUUUCCUCUGGCGGAAGAAACUGGGGUGA